AUGUUUUGGAAAACGAAGCUGAUCACCAACAUGCUUGCCGUGAUGGCAUUUCUUAAAAUAGUUGACAGUAAGCCACUCGGUGAACACCUUCAUGGAAGUGAUAAGUGGACACCACCAGAUGGGAGGAGUAGGGAUGAGUAUAUGGCGACAAUGGGAUUAUCGCAACAGGAAUGGAAUACGAUUCAAACAAUCAAUAAGGAAAUUAAUGAAAUCAUCAAGACCCAACAUAUCAGUCCAAGCCAGAAUAAUGAGUUAGACCUGUCAGAAUUCAUCAGUGCUGAUGAUUACCAGGGCAACGAGCCUUUUCAAACACUCUAUCAAGCAGAUGAGGGUGAAAAUGGAGAUGUCUAUUUUGGAGAUGUUAUACUGAAUGCAGAGCAAGCUUCGGUGAUACUCACUUCACUAAAAAAUAGGUCGAAAAGAGAUACAAUGAAUUUUCUUACUUAUCCUUCAUAUAAAUGGACGGGAGUGAUACCAUACAAGAUCAUAGGGGAGAACUACACUGACCUAGAGAGAACCAUGAUAUAUAGAGCAUUCCAACACUGGGAAAGUCACACGUGUCUACGAUUCCAAGAAAGACCAAUAAAUGAUAUCGUUGGUGCCCCACACCUCCUGAUAGAAAAUCCAGCCAAUUCGGCAACUUGCAAUUCGUUUUUUGGACGUCAGGAUACAGUCGAUGGCCAGGUGAUCAAUUUGGGUUCGACAUGCUUUGGAUCGGAUGGUACUCCUGUCCAUGAGAUAGGACAUGCACUGGGGAUGUACCAUGAACAUCAAAGACCUGACAGGGAUGAUUAUAUCAAUGUGUAUGAGGACCAAAUCAGACCUAGUGGUUUAAGAAACUUUAUCAAAUAUGAGUACACGGAUGCCGUUACACAUGUGCCGUAUGACUAUGGUUCUGUUAUGCAUUAUCAUGCGAAGGCGUUUUGGAUCGAAAUAAUGCCCUCUAUAAUACCAAAAGAUGGAUCAUACUUAAGUACGAUAGGACAGAGAACUGGCUUGUCAUUCUUUGAUGCAAUGGCUGUCAACAUUGAAUACUGCAGUGAAACCUGCCCUGGUCCUCUACCACAACCUUGUAGCAAUGGGGGAUACCAAGACCCUAACAACUGCGACCUAUGUAAAUGCCCAGAUGGCCUAAGUGGUGAUACAUGUGGAGAUAUACAACCUUCUAAUGUUGUGGAUGCAGGAGGAGUUGUAUCAUUGGAUGAAACUACACCGUCAUAUAUAACAUCACACCCAACAUACAGCGACGCAUCAUCUUAUUAUGAAAAUUACCAAGAGAUCAACUGGGAAGUAAUGGUACCAACUGGAUGUCAGAUAGAGUUUGAGUUUGUAGAGGACUUCAGGAUGACUUGUUUAAACUUUCAAACAUGUGCUCAUUGGGUGGAACUAAAGCUUGAUCAAUCCCAAUAUGACAAGACUGGACAGAGUAAACUGUCCUACAACAACCUCAACUACUACAACGACUGCAACUGCUGCUCCAACAACUGUGGCUGCAACAACGACUACAACGACAACUACCAAAGCAACAACGGUAGCCCUAACAACAGUCGAGACGACCACUGA